AUGGCUCAUCCACAAUCCGCCUUUGCCUCGCCUCAAGGCGCUGGCGCUAGCGUAUUCUCGGUGUUCAACAUCAUCUGGCUCCUCCACGCUGCAACUGAAGCGCCGGUGGCCUUCAUCGGUCUCUUCUUCACGCACAGUCUGCACUUCAAGGACGAGAUCAACAACACCACUGCCAUCAUUAUCAAGCUUUACGCCACAUUGGCUCUCUCGCUCUCAAUCAUUUGCAUCCUGCUCUAUGGCUUGCCAGACUACCUUCCCGGAAAGCGAGCCGCUGCCAUUUUGCUGCUGCUGUAUCACGGUGUUGCCUCGUCGAUCCUCCUCAACGCCGAGCCGUUCAUCGAUUUUGCUUUUGCCGACGCACUGUCAAAGCACGGUGUGAGGGUGGAGACGAUUGCUGGUGUAGCUCAUGGGUUCAUGUCUCUCAUGACUGUUUCCUGGUGGCAAUCCAGUUUGGGCGCUGUGAGGGCGUAUGGUGGUGGCGCUGGACCAAAUGGUACGGCUGCAACGGUGAAAAAGGGUGGUAAGAGAAAGUGA